CAAAAAAAAGCAAAUAUACAAGAAAAAAAAAAUUCGAAAAAAAUCCAAACACGUAGGAAAGUACACACACGUUUAAGUAUAGAAAAUUCGGUACACUUGUACGUUAAUGUUUGAGAAAAGUUGUAAAAUUCUCUGGAUCGAUUCGAGGCACAGACUCCCAGGCAGAAGGGGGGCGAGACGGAGUGGGAGCAAAUGGCCAAGCAUUUUGCAAAGAUCCUUGUUUAUGGCGCCCAAUCGGUGGGUCGCGCCUUCGUGAAGGCGGUGCGUCAGGAAAUCGACGCAUCGCGAGCGGCGGCACAACAGCAUCGGGCAAAUAGAUUGAGUAAGGCGAAGGGCCACGAUCUGGCUGUGAAGGGUAUGACCCUGCACGAGGCGCAGCAGAUACUCAAUGUCAAGGAUCUCAGCAAUCUGGCCGAGAUCCGUGCCAAUUAUGAGCAUCUGUUCCGGGCCAACGAGAAGGCAGCUGGCGGCUCCCUUUACAUCCAAUCGAAGGUGUUUCGCGCCAAGGAGCGUAUCGAUCGUGAGCUGCAGAGCAGAUUAGAGACGGCCAUCAAUCAAACCCAAAGCGCAACUCCAUCAUCGCCAACACCACCACCACCGUCAUCACCGUCACCACCUCCACCAGCAACGUCACCAGCCGCAGCAGCAGCUGCAACAGCAACAGCAACAACAGCAGAAAGAGCAACAGCAACAAAAGCCAAUCGAGCCUAAAGCAAAUUCUGUGUAAUUCGAACAGCAUUUCGUUUCUUCUUCUUCAUUUGCUUAAUGACCAGCAAAAAAAAUUAAAUUU